CAUGCGCGUGCCUUUCCCUGUGGCCCGGGGGCUGAGAACAGAGGAAGUUCAUUUACUGAUCAGAGUGUGCCCUGAGAGGCCGCACUGCUCCUUCUCCCACAUUCACUGGGGAGUCUUGCUCUGCAAGUGCAAUUGCAGGCGGUUCGGGAGCACACACCCCAGACCUGCCGCCCGCUGCUUCUGUGCCUCUGCAUCUGCCACCGUGGGCCCCAAGUUCCAGCGACUUCUCCUGUCCCACACUUUCUGCUUUGCUCUCCAGGUGUCCUGAAGAAAGGGGACGUGCUCCCGAGAGUUUCCACGGUGAUGACAGCAUUUGAAGAUGUGGCUGUGUACUUUACAUGGGAGGAAUGGCAGAACAUGAACAAUGCUCAGAAAAUCCUGUACAGAGAUGUGAUGCUGGAGACCUACAGCAGCCUCUUCUCCUUGGGGCACUGCAUUACCAAACCUGACUUGAUCUUCAAGUUGGAGCAAGGAGAAGAGCCAUGGAUGGUGGAUGAAUGCUUGAAUCAGAGCCUUUCAGUGGGCAUGAAAAGGGAUGACCUGAUUAGGAUCAACCAGGAAAGUCAGGACAACAAUCUGAAUCAGGAUUUUAUGAAAAAUAAGAAGACAUCAGCUCUCAAGAGAAUUGAAUUAAGAAAAACCCUUAGUUUAAAUUCAAGCCAUAUUCCAACACUGAUUAUUAAAAAGGGAAUCUAUUCAGGAUUGAAGCCAGAGGAAUGCAAUAAAUGUCACACUGUGUAUCCCCCCAGUGGGUCUGAUCAACUACAGGGUGAAGAGAAAUUUGAUAACACUAUGAUACCUGGAAAAUCUCUCCAGUUCCGUGAGCCUUUUAGUCAGCAUGACAAGAUUCACAUCAUGAAGCAUCCAUUUGGACCCACUGGACAAGCAAAAGUCUUCACAAGAAAGAUGUUCUGUAAAUCUGAGAGGGUUCAUAUGGCAGAAAACUGUAAUAAAUCAACUGUCACUUUUGGAAAAGCAACUCAAAUAGAAAAGGCUAUCUAUGGAAAUUCUAGCCUCAAUAUGCAUCAACAAACUCACACAAGAAAGAAAUUUUAUAAGUACAUCAUGUAUGUUGAACCUGUCAUUCACCAGUCACAUCUUACAAUAAACCAGAGAAUAAAUACAAGGGAAAAACUUUACACAUGUAAGCCUUGUGGAAAAUCACUCAGUUUUAAUUCACCUUCUGAAUGUAAUGACUGUGGAAAGGCCUUUGGACAAAAGUCAGUCCUCAGGAAACAUCAGCAAAUUCACACAGGGGAGAAACCUCAUGAAUGUAGUGACUGUGGAAAAGCCUUUACACAAAAGUCAUACCUCAUAAACCAUGAGCAAAUUCACACAGGAGAGAAACUUUAUAAAUGCCUUCAUUGUGGAAAAGGCUUUCUGUGGAAGUCAGACCUCAUAGUACACCAGAGAAUUCACACAGGGGAGAAACCUCAUAAAUGUAAUGAUUGUGGAAAAGCCUUUGGAACAAAGUUACACCUCAAGAAACAUCAUCGAAUUCAUACAGGAGAGAAACUUCAUAAAUGUAAUGACUGUGGAAAAGCCUUUGGACACAAGUCAGCCUUCCUCAUACACCAGCGAACUCACACAGGAGAGAAACCUCAUAAAUGUAAUGACUGUGGAAAAGCCUUUGGACAAAAGUCACACCUCAUCGUACACCAGCAAAUUCACACAGGGGAGAAACCUCAUAAACGUAAUGACUUUGGAAAAGCCUUUGGAAGAAAGUCACACCUCAUCAUAUACCAGCGAAUUCACACAGGGGAGAAACCUCAUAAAUGUAAUGACUGUGGAAAAGCCUUUGGACAAAAGUCACACCUCAUCGUACACCAGCGAAUUCACACAGGGGUGAAACCUCAUAAAUGUAAUGAUUGUGGAAAAGCCUUUGGACGAAAGUCAUGCCUCAUUAUACACCAGCGAAUUCACACAGGGGUGAAACCUCAUACAUGUAAUGUUUGUGGAAAAGCCUUUGGACGAAAGUCAUGCCUCAUCGUACACCAGCGAAUUCACACAGGGGAGAAACCUCAUAUAUGUAAUGAUUGUGGAAAAGCCUUUGGACGAAAGUCAUGCCUCAUCAUACACCAGCGAAUUCACACAGGGGAGAAACCUCAUAAAUGUAAUGACUGUGGAAAAGCCUUUGGACAAAAGUCAAACCUUGUAAUGCACCAGAGAAUUCACACAGGGGAGAAACCUCAUGAAUGUAAUGACUGUGGAAAAGCCUUUGGACAAAAGUCACACCUUAUCGUACACCAGCGAAUUCACACAGGGGAGAAACCUCAUAAAUGUAAUGCUUGUGGAAAAGCCUUUGGAACAAAGUCAAACCUCAAGAAACAUCAGCGAAUUCACACAGGGGAGAAACCUCAUAAAUGUAAUGACUGUGGUAAAGCCUUUGGAAGAAAGUCACACCUCAUCAUACACCAGCGAAUUCACACAGGGGAGAAACCUCAUAAAUGAAAUGACUGUGGAAAAGCCUUUGAACAAAAGUCACACCUCAUCAUACAUCAGAAAAUUCACACAGGGGAGAAACCUCAUAAAUGUAAUGACUGUGGAAAAGCCUUUGGACAAAAAUCACACCUCAUAUCACACUGGAGAAUUCACACAGGGGAGAAACCCCAUGAAUGUAAUGACCAAGGGAAAGCCUCUGGAUAAAAGUCAAUCCUUUGGAAACAUCAGAGAAUUCCCACAGGGAAGAAACCUCAUAAAUGUAAUGACUUUGGAAAAGCCUUUGGACAAAAGACAAACCUCAUAUCACAGCAGAGAAUUCACACAGGGUAGAAAACUCAUGAUUGUAAUAACUGUGGAAAGCAUUUAGCCAUAAGUCAACCUUCAUCAUGCAUCAGAGAAUUCACACAGGGCAGAAACCUUAUGAAUGUAAUCACUGGAAAAGCCUUUGGACAAAAGUCAAACAUAAUGCACCAGAGAAUGCACACAGUGUUAAAACUUCAUGAGUGUAAUGACUGUGGAAAAACUUGAUUUGAAGUUCCAACUCCAAAUGCAUCAGAGGAUUCACACAGGGAAAUAACCUCAUAAAUGUAAUGACCGUGGAAAAGCAUUUUUCUAUAAGUUAUACUCAUAUCAAAACAAUUCACACAGGGCAGAAACCUUAUGAAUCUAAUGAGUGUGGAAAAGCCUUUAUAAAUCAUAUGUUAUAAAUCAUAGCUCAUAUCACACCAGAGAAUUCACACCGGGGAGAAACUUCAUGAAUGCAAUGACUGUAGAAAAGCCCUUGGCAAUAAGUCACAUCUCAGAAUGCAUCAGAAAAUUCACAUGAACAGAAACCUUUUGGACAUAAUGACUUGGAAAGCUUUUUCCCAUAAUUCAGCCCUCAUUGCACAUCAUCUAAUUCAUAUGGGGGAAAACACUUUGGAUAUAAUGCAUAUGGAAAAGCCUUUGUCCAUAAGUAACACCUCAUAAAACAUCACAUGUGGGAGAAACCUUAUGAAUGGAGUGAAUGUUGGAAAACUCUGCCAAAAUCACACAAUAUAACAUCAGAGAAUUUAUUACAUGGUGGAAAUCUUAUAAUAAAUGCGGGAAAGCCUUUUGUCAUAAGGAAUACCUCAUAACACAUGUAGAUCAAACAAGGGAGAGAACUUAAGAAUAUAAUGCAUGUGAAGGACUUUUUCCAAAAUCAAAAUAACCAUGUGACAGAGCCUUUUGCUGGAAAUUACAUCCCAUACAAUAGGCACUCCCAUAAGGAAGAAAGGUUGGGACCAUCACUGUGGCACAGUAGGUUAAAGCCCUGGCCUGAAAUGCCAGCAUACCAUGUGGGCACUGGUUCUAGUCCCAGUUGCUCCUCUUCUGAUCCAGCUCUCUGCUAUGGCCUGGGAAAGCAGUAGAAGAUGGCCCUGCACCCACAUGGGAGACCCAGAAGAAGCUCCUGACUCCUGGCUUUGGAUUGCUGCAGCUGCAGCCAUUGCAUCCAUCUGGGGAGUGAACUAGCAGAUGGAAGACCUAUUUCUGCUUCUCUGUCUCUGUAACUCUGUCUUUCAAAUAAAUAAAGUAAAUUGUUAAAAAAAAAAUGAAGUUCAGAAAUAUUAUUAGUGUGACAAAAAGCCAUUUGUCAGAAAUUGCAUUAUACAUCAGAAAAUUCACACAAGGGGUUUCUUAGGAGUGUAAUGAAUGUGGAAGUAUAUUUUCAUAGAAUUCAGGCUUGCAUAAAUAUGCAACUCAAAAAAGGUGAUAUCCUUUAAGUGCAAUAGACCUCAAAAAGCCAUAGCCAGAAAUUAAACAUCAGGCCAGCGCCAUGGAGCAGUAGGUUAAUGCUCCACCUGCUAUGCUGGCAUCCCAUAUGGGUGCCAGUUCUAGUCCCAGCUGCCCCUCUUCAAUCCAGCUCUCUACUGUGGCCUGGGAAAGCAGUAGAAGACAGCCCAAGUGCUUUGGCCUCUGCACCCACUUGAAAGACCAGGAAGAAGCACCUGGCUCCUGGCUUCAGAUCAGUGCAGCUCUGGCCAUUGUGGCCAUUUGAGGAGUGAACCAACAGAAGGAAGACCUUUAUCUCUGUCUCUCUCACUGUCUGUAACUCUACCUGUCAAAUAAAUAAAAAUCUUAAAAAACAAGAAAUUAAACAUCAACCAACACCAGAGAAUUCAUAUAGUAAAAUGUCAAUUUAAUGAAUGUGAAAAAAUUCUUCUGCCAUUAAUCAAUUCACAUGAAGAGACUCCGAAAUGAGAAAACAUACAUGCAUAGAAAAGUCGUGUACCAUAUGUCACCUCUCAAUGGUUACCUGACAACUCACAGAAAGAAAAAAUCCUGUGACUGUAUUGUAAUGUGAAAUACCUUUAUUAUUAGGCAGACUUCCACAAAACAUAGCAAGAUUACAGAGAGAAGUCCCUGAAAUAUAAUUUGUCUGGACGAAUUCUUUAGUGGAAUCACACCUUAGUGAGUAUUGGGCAGUUUUCAUGAUGAAUUGUGACAGAGAGUGGUUAACCGUUCUUCAGAAAUUUUUCUCUUAUUCAACCUGAACUUUUGGUUUCUCAUUAUUGUGAGUGGGAUCAAGUAUAUGAACUGAACUGUGCUCUAGUGUAAAUUUUGUUAAAUAAAUAUUUAAAAGUUGAGUAACAGUUAUUUGGAAUACCAUCUUCAUCAAUUACAAAGUUAUUUGUUUUAUAGCUGCUCUUUUGGCCACCCAGGAUUCUUUCCCCACAUUAUUGUAGUGCAAACCAGUGAUGUGACCAUAGGCAUAUCAAGUGACACAUGUUCCAGCCAUAAUAGUGUACCCUGGCUCUGGAUAAUAAGUGUUGUGUGCAACACAAGGGAAUGAGUUUGUGGUGACCUAUAUACCCAUGAGAAAUUUCAACUUAUCUGUGUGCACAUCUGGAUUAGACUCCACUACCCAAGGUCUAUUUGAAUAUGCAAGUAAAUGUUGCCACACACAUUACCCUCAUUCUUUAAAGGGACAACCUCAAACCCUAUAAGUUGCAACACUCAUCUGAAUUUUCCUGUAUUACUGAGUGCAUAAUGCCUUUUUCAUUCAUGAUGCCCCUUUUCUACCCUUUUUAAUUCUUUCCUAAUUGCCUUGUGACAAGAACAUGGAAUGAAGUCUAUCCAUGUGGUACCCAUUGCAAUAGAGAAGCAGGAGCAUAGGGGCGGAGCCAAGAUGGCAGAAUAGUGAGGGCGCGCACCGAUAGUCCGGGAAAAUUUAGUUUAAUAAAAGGGGAGUUACGGUAGCCGCAGAAAAAAGAACCAGGAAAAAAUUGCACGGGAAUCGUGAAUCGGAGGACCUACUGGGAGAACAAGGUCGCCCACCGCGCGGAAGCCAAGUCGUGGGACCGAGCCGCAUGCCACACAGACAACAGCGGGGAGCCUUGGGACGCUCAGGGCUCCGAGUCCACACAUCGGCGCUGGAAGGGGAGGUGAGCUCAAUAACCCGAGACAUUGGUGGGGAAACGGGGGUCAGAAUCUAGAGGGGGGCCGGAAAGUGCAGCAAACUCACUACCGGAAAGAAGGAAAAAAAAGCUUCGGGGUUUCUCUUCCCCCUAACCUUGCAAAGGUUACAAGGCUGCAAGGCUUGAAGAAUUCCCAAGAGACAAAGAGCAGGCCUCCUCUCUGGAUUUACAUAUCAAUGGGGGAGAGCUAAGGAACUGAGUCACUACAAUUCAGUAGCUUAGGCAACACAGUGGGAGUCCAGAGGAGCCAAAGACUGGAAGCUAAAUACCAUCAAUUCUGCACAGCCGUGCCCUGCGGUGUUACUUACCCCCUGAAUAAAUAAAAUAAAUAAAUAAAUAAAAAGAGAGAGAUUUACCACGCAUAACCUGAGGGUGUCACCUUUGCACACCCUUAACCAGGAAGAACCAGGCAGAGCUCUCAGGCCGCACCCAUCUCAAGCCUCCAAGGCACCUCCAACAGCAGGCAGUCCACUUAACACGGACACAGUAUAAAAAAAAAAAAAGAAAAAAAAACGCACAGUGACGCAAGAAGAAUUAACUAUGCCGAGUAACAAACACAGAAAUAGAGGGAGCAAGAUCAACGAUGACACUAUGAUGCCUCCAAAUAAGCAAAACACCCCAAGCCAAGAGUAUGAAGAUGAUGAGAUAGAAGAAAUGCAAGAUACGGAUUUCAAAAAAUUUAUGAUAAGAACAUUUAGAAGUUUUCAAAAGCAAAUCCUUGAACUACAGAAAUCCUUAAUGGACAAGAUUGAAAAUCUCUCUCAUGAAAACGAAAUUUUAAGGAAGAGUCAAAAUGAAACUCAGAAACUAGUAGAACAGGAAAGUGUUAUAGUGAAGAGAAAUCAAAAUGAAAUGAAGAGCUCAAUAGAUCAAAUGACAAACACAUUAGAAAGCCUUAAAAACAGAAUGGGUGAAGCAGAAGAGAGAAUAUCGGACUUAGAAGAUAGAGCACAGGAAAACAUGCAGUCAAACCAAAGAAAAGAAGAGGAAAUUAGAAACCUAAAAAAUAUUGUUGGGAAUCUACAGGAUACUAUUAAAAAAACCAACAUUCGAGUUCUAGGAGUUCCUGAAGGCAUGGAGAGAGAGAAAGGAUUGGAAGGCCUUUUUAGUGAGAUACUAGCAGAGAACUUUCCAGGUUUGGAGAAGGACAGAGAUAUCCUAGUACAGGAAGCUCAUAGAACCCCCAAUAAACAUGACCAAAAGAGAUCCUCACCACGACACGUGGUAAUUAAACUUACCACAGUGAAACAUAAAGAAAAGAUCCUAAAAUGUGCAAGAGAGAAACGUCAGAUUACUCUCAGAGGAU